CAUUUGAAUAGUAGGGGAGGGAAAAAAAUCCCAGUCAGGAUGCUUGCACAUGCUGUUCUCUGCUUCCUCGCCUGGGUGUUGUGCUGAAGGACUGGGACAUCUGCACAGAAGAGCGAGCGGCAGCGGCUGGAGCUUGCCGUAUUCGGGGCCGAAGUUCCCCCAGCAUCGAGGGCGUGUAACGCGUCGGGGGAGGCCAGCAGCAGGGACGGGACCGCAGCACUCCGGAGCAUACACAGACAGACUUGAUUAAAAUUCAAGCUUAAUGGCCUCUGGCAUAAACAAGAUUCAUCAGCCCGGGACUUGCAGUGGAUCUAAAGCCGCUCGCAGCAGCUCGGCAGAAGAAUGCAGUCAAGAAAUGCACGUGAAAAUGUGCAAGAAGAUCGCACAGCUCACUAAGGUAAUAUAUGCCCUGAACAUGAAGUAUGAUGAACAUGAGGCUAGCAUACAUGCUCUGAGAGAGGCUCAUGAAGAAGAGAUUCAGCACAUUCUUGCUGAGACAAGGGAAACAAUUCUCCAGUGCAAAAGCAAAGCUGAAGAAGAACAACAGCUGAGAAAGCAUAUUCAGGCCCUUGAAAUUGAAGUGGAACAACACAAGAGACUAAAGGAAGAAGCCUUGGCAGAGUUAACACUGUGGAAGAGGCAGGUGGAAAAGAGGGAGCCAAGAACAGAAGCCAAACAAGCACGGAGAUUUCUUUCAAAAGACAUUGUAGAUCCCAGUGCAGACUUUGAAAACAAACUUCUACAUUUAAAUCAGGAGUCUGAUGGCCUACUAAGUGAACACAAAGCAUUGAGGAGAGCAAAUUCCGAUGAAAAAUACAGUAUGGACGGACAAGCUCUAAUAAGUGAAUUGGAAAACAUGAAGACUGAGAACCAGAGAACAACUAAAAAAUAUACUCAGAAACCAAGUAAACUACAGGCCACUUACGAGGCAGAAAAAGAGGAUUUGAAAAAUGCUGUGCAGCAAUCUUUGACAGAAACAGAGGAGGAUUGUCUGCAGAGAGAAAUGGAGCAAAUGAAGAGCUCAAAGGCUGAGGAAGUUUUUUUGCUACAGCAGGUAAAGAAGCUGGAGGCAGACCUAGAGGAGAAAAGCCAGAAGAUAAAUGAGAGGAAGAAGCAUUCUCAAAAGCUUAAGGAGAGAAUACAGGAGCUCCAAACACAGCUAGAGGAAGUUAAAAGAAAAUCUGAGUGUGAACUUACGCAACUAGUGAAAGAGAAAGAAAUCCUGACUGGGAAACUUCAGAACUCUUCUCUUGAGGUAAACUGUGCAUUGAAUGUAACCCAGGUGAAUCAGCUGAAGCAAUUAUUAGAUCAACAAGCAAAUAAUUUUAAGGAGUCAUUAAGGAAACAUAAUCUACAGGCCAACAAAGAAAAAGAGAAGCUCUUGCAGGAUCUUCAAAAUAUCAUUAAAGAAAAGCAGAAUGUCAAACUACAGCUGGAAGCAUCCCAUCAAAAAGUCUUAAAAAUGCUGGAGAAAAGCAAAAAUCAGGAGCUCAAGGAGACAGAAGAACGGUUGAAAAAGGAAUUUAGUGAGACUUUCAAGAUCCAGCAUCAGUCUCAUAGGCUGGAAAUACAAACCUUGGAAGAGAAAGCAAAGAAAGAAUUAUGUGAUGAACUCGAGCAGAUACAGAAGCAGCAAAACCUGUUGCUAGGAUCUUUAAGGUUGGAGCUCUGUGAGCAGCAGACAUUGUGUACUAGUCUCAAGAAACAAGUAGAGGAACUCCAAGUGGAGCUGAGGAGUGUGAAGACCCUAAAGAAGCAACAGGAAGGAAGUAGCCAGAACCAGAUCAGAUCUCUUCACGAUGAGCUGGAAAAAUGUCAGAGUGAAAUUUCUGAACUCAAGAAAGAAAAGUUAUUUUUGAAGGAAACAAUGGAGCUACUCAAUGCUGAGUUGGAGUCGCAGAAGCAAGAAGCUGCACAGCUUCAGGAUAGGGAGAGACAGCACAGAAGGCUGCUGGUAGAAGACCUCAAUAUCAAGUGCAAAAAAGGACUGGACAUACUGAAACAAGAUCACCGGAAAGAAAUCGAAAAUAUAUUGUCUGAUUUCAGCAGCACUCGGGCACAUCUCCAAGCAAAGAUUUUCUCCUUAGAAACUGCACUUAAAGAAUUAGAAGAAAAGUCAGGAAAGUGGGAGUCCAGAUCAGAAGAUACACACCUAAUAAGCUGCCUGCAAGACAAAUUAAGUGAGAGAGAAGAAAUUAUAAAGCAACUAGUGGAAGGAAGAAAAUUUCAGCAUUCACUUUUAGCCAAUACAGAAUCUUACAGGAAUCGAUCAUUUUCAUUCAACCCUAACACAAGAUGCCUGACUUCUUCCAUGAAGAAGAAGAAACCGAUUGAGGUGCCCAGUCGUGUUGUCAGUGUUCCAAAUUUAGCUUCUUACGCAAAGAGCUUUUUGAGCUGUGACUUGAAAUCAAAAAGAAGUGCUCCUCAAAUAACAAAAUCUACAAGCUUAGACCAGAGUCCUGGCUGCUUCAAGGUGGGCUCUCCAUCAGCACAGCCAUCAGACAGCAGUGCUGCCACAAGGACACAUGGCAACGAACCCCCCCAAACCAAAGAUGGCCAGAAACAAGACCCUCAGCAGAAUCAAGAAUGGUUCACUAAAUAUUUUUCAUUUUAAAGUAGACUAUUCCCAUACUUUUCAGGAUGACUAGAAAAGCUGUUUCUGUUUCCUUUUAGGGAACAAUAAUCCAAUAUAUGAUUUAGAAGAAAAAAGAGCUGUAAUUUCCAUGUAAAUAAUUAGGAACAGCUGCACUUUCUUACAUCCAGUAACUACGCAGUUACAGGAAUGGAUU